AUGUUGGGUAGAGUUCAAUCGUUCACAACCGGGUUAAUCACCAAGACUUCGGCUUUAGCUAGUAAAACUGUGUAUUAUGGCAAAGUUGGUGCUGAGUUGUCCAAGCAAGUCUAUCUAAAGGAGGGAUUACAGCCACCAUCUAUUGCUGAUUUCAAGAAGGUUUACUCCAGUUUGUACAGCACAGCUUUGCACUAUGCUGUGAAGCCGAAAGAAGUACUUUCAAUCUUUAAAGGCAUUCAAAGGAAUGAUGCUUUGAAAUUUGGCGCAUAUGGUAUCCAACUACUUGGGUUUUACUCUGUUGGUGAAGUCAUCGGUAGAAGAAAAAUUGUUGGGUAUAGAAACUACUCCUCCCAUUGA